UACUAGUUUAACGUUAAAUUUAUUUCCAAAGGAAUUUUGCAUGUUUGGGUGCUAUUCAAUUCAAUACUCAUGCAUGUGGGAAGUAUUUGAAACACUGGAUAAUAGCUAGGUGUCAAUGCAUUUAGUUGGUAAGGAUAAAGUUUUAUAGAGAAUUUUAUUGAGAAUUAAAAACGUGAAUCUUCCACCAUGAUAGCUGUACUGAGCGUUUGGACUUACAUUAUGGAGAUAGAAGGGCCAUGUCUAAAUGUGCAGAAAAUGGGAAUUGUGAAACAACCAGACCCUGUCAAACCACCACCAAACAACACAAAGGAAGAGGAUCUGGAGGGAAAAGACAUGCAGAAGGAGGCACUGAACAGGCGCAAUGCUUGGGAGCCCAGUUUCUUCUACUCCCUUGGCAACGAGACCUUUUUCUUUACCGGGCAGGAGAUCAGCAUCCGAGAAUCGCUCGACUCUUUUGGCGCAGUCAUCUGGCCAGGCGCGUUUGUUCAGAUUGCACGUGCAUGUAUGUGUGCACACAGGCUGUGGCUCUCUGUCGGUAUUUGGAGAAGAACCGGGAAAAGGUUGAUCUGCUGGAUAAAGCAGUGCUGGAACUUGGAGCAGGAACAGGACUGGUGUCCAUAGUGGCAAGUUUACUGGGUGCCUGGGUCACGGCCACAGAUCUGCCCGAUGUCUUGUCAAAUCUGAACUUUAACCUUUCGCGCAACACACGGGGCCGCUGCAGGUACACGCCUCAGGUGGCGGCUCUGACCUGGGGUAAGGAUGUGAAACGUAACUUCCCCAGCUCCGUCUACCAUUACAACUAUGUGCUGUGCGCAGACGUGGUCUAUCAUCACAACUUUCUGGAAGAUCUACUGAUCACCAUGCAGUACUUCUGCAAGCCAGGAACCACCAUACUGUUGGCAAAUAAGGUGAGAUUCCAAUCUGACCUGCGUUUUAUUGAAAACUUCAAAAAUGUUUUUAACGUCACAUUGCUGGAAGAGAUCCCACAAGAGGAGGUAAGGAUCUACCAAGCCACUGCAAGGAAGUGAGCCCAAAUGAGAGAGGACAAGGAGAAGAGAGAAAACCAACAUGAUGUGAAUAGCAAGAAAUGUGUAAGACAUGGGAGAUUAUGCAUUUAAUAAAGGAGGCCAGCAGCCUUAAUAUUGAAUGGAAGGUGCUCCACCUGUUGGCCAUCUGAGAAGUUACAAUGACUGACAACUGAAUGCUACAAUUCCUGACAAUAAUGCAAAAAAAAAAAAAAACAGGAUCUCAAAAAAAGGCGAUGAAAAAGUGGAUACAUGUAUGAUUUUAUGUGUUUAUUAAAACUAUGGAUCACUUCAGAUAAAAAUGUUUUUUUUUAGUAAUGCGAUCUCAUACUUGUAGUGGUCACAUUGUCACGAUGCAACCAUUUCUCAAUUUUCUACUACUUUUAAUUGAUUUUUCACUGCAAUCUGUUGUAUUUAUUUGUCAGAGCUGGAAAUAGGCUUCCAUAGAAAACACAGAUUUUUUUUUGUGAAUGUCUAAAAACAAAAAGACUGAA